AUGAGCUUCCUGCUUCUGCUAAACUGGCUUGGGGUACUUGUAUCUUUCCCUGGACUCACCCAAGCUGAGCAUCAUUCAAAUCACAACCCCCCAGAGGUGGUCAUCCCUUUGAAGGUAACCAGCAGUGCCAGAAGCAAAAAGCCUUCAGGCUGGCUCUCCUACAGCCUGCGCUUUGGGGGCCAUAGACACAUUGUCCACAUGAAAGUCAAGAAGUUCUUGCUGUCCAAACACCCCACACUGUUCACCUACACAGAGCAGGGUGCUCUCUUAGAGGACGAGCCUUUUGUGCAGAAUGACUGCUAUUAUCACGGCUUUGUGGAGGGGGACCCAGAAUCCCUGGUUGCUCUCAGUACCUGCUUUGGAGGCUUUAAAGGAAUGUUACACAUAAACAACGUCGCUUAUGAAAUCAUGCCCGUGGUGUUCUCUACCACGUUUGAACAUCUGGUAUACGAGAUGAAAAGUGAGGAAACACAAUCCCGUACUUUGAGAUCUGGCAUCAUACAAGACGAAAUAAUGGGUCAAGAGCUUGAUGAUUCCACUCUGAAGCAAAGUGACUAUGUUGGAUGGUGGGUUCAUUAUAGGACAAUCGAAAUUGUACUGGUGAUUGAUAAUUCUUUAUACUCUCUUUAUAGAAGGAAUGAUUCAAAGUUACUGGAUGACAUAUAUGUGAUUUCAAAUGUAGCAGAUUCUGUCUAUCACGCACUAGGCAUUAAGAUGUUAGUGUUUGCUAUGGAGAUCUGGAAUUAUGAAAAUCUUGUUAUAGUUGAUGAUGUGAGAAGGUCUUUUCAGUAUUUUUGCAAUUGGAUAUAUCUAAAUAUGUAUUACCGGAAAAAAUAUGAUAUGGCAAUGCUUUUCAUAAACAAGAACUUAAACGGAUUAAGUGGCCUUGGAUUAACUAGAGGAAUAUGUGUACCAUAUAAGAACUGCGCAAUUGUAACUUUUUUGAACAGUACCUUACCGGUGUGUGGAAUUGCGAUGGCCCAUCAUAUAGGUCAUAAUUUGGGCAUGCUACAUGAUGGGGAUCAUUGUGUCUGUGGGAACUCCAAGUGCAUAAUGCAUGCAAAUAACCCACCAACACCUAAAUUUAGCAACUGUAGCUAUCAACAGUUCUGGUGGUACACUGUGGAAAGGACAACAUGUUUGCUGGAACACAGCUACACAACAGACGUCUUUACCUACACACGCUGUGGAAAUGGUAUUAUUGAAGCAGAAGAAGAAUGUGACUGUGGAGCUCUACAGCUUUGUUCAAGAGAUCCCUGUUGUAUGCCAAACUGUACUUUAUCGUAUGGGUCUGCUUGUGCUUCGGGGCCUUGUUGUGAAAACUGCAAGUUCUUACCAUCAGGGUACGUGUGUAGAAAGGAAGACAAUAUGUGUGAUCUCCCUGAGUGGUGCAAUGGAGCUUCUUAUAAAUGCCCAGAGGAUGUAUAUAUGGAAGAUGGAAUUCCUUGCAACAAUACAUCUUACUGCUAUGAGAAAAGAUGCAAUGACCGCACUGAACAGUGUAGACACAUAUUUGGCCGGAAGGCAAAGAAUGCACAUCUGAAUUGCUACAGAGAAUUGAACACACAAGGCACUCGUUUUGGAAAUUGUGGCAUCAAGGGUGUUAGAUAUCUAAAAUGUGAGAUUGCAGACGUCCUGUGUGGGAGAGUUCAGUGUGAUAAUGUGCGAGAAAUUCCACAGCUGAGAGAUCAUACUACUGUGCAUUGGACUCACUUCAAUGGAGUAACCUGCUGGGGUACUGAUUAUCACUAUGGAAUGACUAUACCUGAUAUUGGGGAAGUGAAUGAUGGCACCGAGUGUGGCGCAGAACAUAUCUGUCUCCACAGGCAGUGUGUCCCUAGGUCUAUCCUGGGGAGUAAUUGCUCACCGGCAUCCUGUAACAUGAGGGGCAUCUGCAACAAUAAACAUCACUGUCAUUGCAACCAUUUGUGGGAGCCACCUGACUGCCUGAUACAAGGAUUUGGAGGUAGUGUUGACAGUGGUCCAGCCCCCAGAAAUAACAAGAAGAAUAGUUUUACGGGCAUUUUUUUAUUUUCUCUGUUAUUUAUUUUCUGUGCUUCAAUAGCUUUUAUGUGUUCAAAGAGAAAAAGAAAGAAACGAGUUCAAAUUGUACUUCCAGAUAUUAGUGAUUCCAGUAUCCCUCCUGUCUUGCAUUCCCCUGGAACAUCAGCAAAAGCACCAAAGUCCGUCCUUAAAAAGAGUGUCCAUUAA